CCCCCGGUCACCCUGCAGUGAAGGUGAAGAAGCCGAUCCAGACCAAGUUUCGCAUGCCCGUCUUCAACUGGGUGGCACUGAAGCCGAGCCAGAUCGAUGGCACCGUCUUCACCGAGCUCAACGACGAGAAGGUGCUGCAGGAGCUGGACAUGAGUGACUUUGAGGAGCAGUUCAAGACCAAGGCACAGGGCCCUGGCUUGGACAUCAGUGCCCUCAAGGUGAAGGCCACGCAGAAGGCUCCCAACAAGGUCACCCUCAUGGAGUCCAACCGAGCCAAGAACCUGGCCAUCACCCUCCGCAAGGGCGGCCGCAGCAUCCAGGACAUCUGCACGGCCAUCGAGACGUAUGACCAACAAGCCCUGAGCCUCGACUUUCUGGAGCUGCUGCUGCGCUUCCUGCCCACUGAGUACGAGCGGACACUCAUUGGGAAGUUUGAGCGGGAUCAGCAGCCACUGGAGGAGCUCUCGGAUGAGGACCAGUUCAUGAUCCGCUUCAGCAAGAUCCCACGCCUGGCCGAGCGCAUGAAUGUCAUGAUCUUCCUGGGCAACUUCAAUGACACGGCCCAACUGCUCAUGCCGCAACUCAAUGCCAUCAUCGCCGCCUCCAUGUCCCUCAAGUCCUCCAGCAAACUGCGCAACAUCCUCGAGAUCGUCCUGGCCUUCGGGAACUACAUGAACAGCAGCAAGCGCGGGGCAGCCUACGGCUUCCGUCUGCAGAGCCUCGAUGCGCUCCUGGAGAUGAAGUCGACGGACCGCAAGCAAACGCUGCUGCAUUACCUCGUGCGGGUGAUCACGGAGAAGUACCCUGAGCUGACCGGCUUCCACACCGAGCUGCACUUCCUCGACAAGGCGGGCACAGUCUCCCUGGACAGCGUGCUGCAGGACGUGCGGAGCUUGCAGCAGGGGAUGGAGCUGACCCGCAAGGAAUUCAUGCGGCAGGAUGACAGUCCAGUGCUCAAGGACUUCCUCAAGGUCAACUCAGAGGUGAUGGAGAAGCUGCAGGCUGACAGCAAAACCGCCAAGGAGGCCUACGAGUCAGCUGUGGAGUACUUCGGGGAGAACCCCAAGACCAGUCCCCCCACCACCUUCUUCCCCAUGUUCAUGCGCUUCAUCAGAGCCUACAAGAAAGCGGAGCAGGACAUCGAGCUGUGGAAGAAACAAGAGGCCGUGGCCAAAGAGGCGGAAUCCGGUUCCCCUGGCAGCGAGGAUCAGCCCCAGGUGAAGUUGCCCAUCCAGAAAGCCAAGCGGCAGCAGAUGGACAUGAUCGCCGAGCUGAAGAAGAAGCAGAUGGUGAAGGAGCCGCUCAUCUACGAAGGAAAAGACGGGGCCAUCGAGGAUAUUAUUUCAGACCUGCGGAACAACCCUUACCGGCGCGGGGACAAGGGCCGCGGCAGCGCCAAGAAGCGGGCUGCGGGGCAGAGCCUGCAGGUGACGCCGGACAUCUCGCUGGGACCCGGGAGUACCUACAACCAUCGGCAGCAGGUCAAGGAUACGCUGUCUCAAGUCUCUGUGAGGUGGUACCUAGCUCUGUCCUCCUGCAUCCCCGGCAUCCGCCUCCACUGGCGGGGCUGGAGCCUCCUGGAGACGAGAGCGACCAUCAGCCCUCCUCCCCGGUAG